UGAGAGCAUUUAUCGAAAGAAAUUAUGACAAGAGAAGAAGAAGAAGAAGCAGAACUGUCAAAUUGGUCUAAUCGGAUUUUUUUGGAAACAACCACGGCACAGUUUUGCUAGUAUUAAUUUGACUUGCAAAUACUAAAUAAAAAUGUCUAAAAUACUUAAAGCCAGCACCGGUUUAACUGGAUUGGCCGUUGCCGCCAAUCCCCAUCACACACUAUCGGCUUUGUAUGGUAAAAUUUUGAGAGCCGUGGCCAAAAUGCCACAAGAUGCUGCCUACCGUAAAUACACCGAACAAAUUGUCCAACAACGUUCGAAAGCUGUGGAAACUCACAAAGAUAUCUCCUCUUUAGAGAAGGCCAUUGGCUGUGGCCAAGUCGAAGAACUUAUUGUCCAGGCUGAAAAUGAAUUGGUAUUGGCCCGCAAAAUGUUGGGUUGGAAACCAUGGGAAAAAUUGGUUCAGCCUGCCCCAGCCAAGCAAUGGGAUUGGCCACCAGCCCAAAUCAGCGAACCAAAACUUUAAAGUGAAUUAGAAAUUGUUUCCUUUUGUUUAGUGAAUGAAAUUCAUCGUAAUGAAAGUACAUUUGUAAGAUUUUGUUAUAUGGAAUAUUUUCUCCCAAGAAUAAUGUAGACUUUGAACAGCAUAAUGGCAGGCUUCAGAUGCGAGUUGUCUGGAGCGCAAAUAAGAAAGAGCCCAAUAAAUAAUAUACCGUUUAUUUGCAA